GAACGUCUGAUGUCUAGUGCCGAUCUACUUCGGGGCAAUGACGAUGGGAAACACAAAUAUUUUGACGGUCACAGCCAAUCGUCAUAUGACGAUGACCAUACUCCCUUCAUGGAACGGGGUGUCCCUAUACUUCACCUCAUCCCAUCUCCUCUUCCCGAAGUGUGGCAUCGUUUAUCAGACAAUGCGACUAACAUCGAUUGGGAUUCUUCCAUGGAUAUGCUUAACAUGGUGAACGCCUUCUUGUAUUCUGUACUCCACCUAAUGUAAUCCCAAACAAGAUACGUGUGCAUGAUAACGUUUUUCCGGCUGUCGUUUUCAUCUCACUCCCCGCCAUGUUAUUUUGAAUUACUUUGAGGCCUUUUGCUAUGGUGUCUAACUCACUUGUUUCCUCUUUUACUUUUUGAAUGAAUCGCUUGCAGUUUUUUGCUUCUAAGAAAUCACUCGUGUAACUGGGAACAAGCGAAGUAUCCAUGUCUUUCACUACUUCUCCAUCAUACCAGUUUUACCUGACGCUUCCCACAACAAAAUGGUGUUCAGCUUUACCCACUUCCGUUAUGAUUUGAAACUUUUUGUUGGCGUUUUUUCAUCCAUUAAGCUACUGUAACGUGGUUUUUCAAGACACAUUGGCAUUAAGAA